AUGUCUGCAUCCGCUCUGGCUCGCCUGCUCGUCCUGGCCGCCGCCGCGCGGGCGUGUUCUGCGUCGGCGCUGGGCCACCGUCCGUCGGCGCGCGUCGUGGUCGACACGUCCGUCCAGUACCAGGAAGUCGACGGUCUCGGCGCGUCCCAGGCGUUCCAGCGCGCCGAAGACGUCUUUGGCAAGUACGGCCUCUCGCCGGCGCACCAGGCCGACGUGCUGGACCUGCUGUACAGCCUGGAGAAGGGCGGCGCCGGGUUUGCGAUUCUGCGCAACGGCAUCGGGUCGAGCAACUCGUCGACCAGCAACCUCAUGAACUCGAUCGAGCCCGUGAGUCCCGGGUCGCCACAUGCCGCGCCCCACUACACGUGGGACGGCUACGACAGCGCGCAGUUCCCCCUGGCGCAGCAGGCACGGGCGCGCGGGCUGGCGACGCUCUACGGCAACGCCUGGUCGGCGCCCGGGUUCAUGAAGACCAACGACGACGAGAACAACGGCGGCUACCUCUGCGGCGUGACGGGCGCGGUCUGUGCGUCGGGCGACUGGAAGCAGGCGUAUGCCGACUACCUGGUGCAGUGGGUCCGGUUCUACGAAGAACACGGCGUGAAAGUGAACAAGCUGGGCUUUCUCAACGAGCCUCAGUUAGCGGCCUCCUAUGCGGGCAUGCUGUCGAAUGGCACGCAGGCGGCCGACUUCAUCCGCGUGCUGGCCAAGACCAUCCGACAGGCGCGCCUCGACGUGGGCAUCACCUGCUGCGACGGCAUCGGCUGGGACGACCAGGAAGCCAUGAUGGCGGGCCUGCAGGCCGGCCCGGACCCCGCGGAGCAGUACCUCGACGUCGUCACGGGCCACGGCUACGAUUCGGCGCCCACGUACCCGCUGUCGACGACCAAGAAGACGUGGCUCAGCGAGUGGGCGGACCUCGCGGGCGGCUUUACGCCGACCGUCUUCUACGACGUCGACGGGCCGGGCGAGGGCCUGCGGUGGGCGCGCUACGUGCAGACCGCGUUCGUGGACGCCAACGUCAGCGGGUUCCUGUACUGGAUCGGCGCCGAGAACUCGACGACCAACAGCGGCCUCAUCAACCUCAUCAACGACACGAUUGUGCCGUCCAAGCGGUUCUGGUCCAUGGCGCAGUUCAGCCGCUUUGCGCGCCCCGGCGCGCGCCGCGUCGAGGCGACGUCGUCGGCCCGCCUGCUCUACACCAGCGCGUUCCGCAACACGGACGGCAAGAUCGCGACGCAGGUGAUCAACAACGACACCACGGCGUACGACGUCACGCUCUCCCUCAAGGGCGCUACAUGGCACGCGAAGAAAAUGGUGCCCUACCUGACCGACAACGCCAACGAUCUGACGGCACGCAAAGCCGUCGUUGCAGCGCACGACGGCACGUUCAAGACGACUGUUCCUGCUCGGUCGUUGGUCACGUUCCUCGUAUAA